AUGGCCGCCGCAAUCAAAGCCCUCAACGCGAAGAUUCGCUCAAACAAGUACACGGAUUACUUUUGCUCGACUCACUUCUGGGGCCCCGCGAGUAACUUUGGUAUCCCGAUUGCGGCCAUUGCGGAUAUGAGUAAGGAUCCUGAAAUUAUCUCGGGCCGCAUGACCGGCGCCCUAACUCUCUACUCUGCCACCUUUAUGCGCUACGCCAUGGCGGUUACACCUGCCAAUUACCUGCUCUUCGGGUGCCACGCGAUCAACUUCACCUCGCAGGUUGUGCAGGGAUACCGAUAUCUGAACUACUGGAACUUUGGUGGUAGGGAGGCGACGUUGAAGGGCAAGGCGGAGCAGGUGGGCGAGACGGUUAAGAGUGCGGUGUCGAAAUAA